AUUCAAAGAAACCAAAAUGGUUCUUCAUGGAAUGAGUCCCCCACCCCCAGAAUAGAAGAACAGAGAAGAACAAAACUUAAUUUGUUUCCAUUUUGUUUUCUUUUCCAGGUACCUCCAACAUCUACCCUUCUUGAUGUAAAACAUAAAUUUCACAAAACAUGCCCCCAGUGGUACCCUUCCCGGGUUGGCCUGCAACUGGAACGAAAUGGACCCUAUCUGAAGGAUUCUGUUAGCAUUCAAAGCCUGGCAGUUUCUUCCAUCAUUACCCUGUAUUUUACAGACCUGGGUCAGCAGGUCAGUUGGACCACAGUUUUUCUGACAGAAUACACUGGGCCUCUUCUAAUCUACUUGCUGUUUUACAUUCGUCUCGCAAGUAUAUACAAUGAACAGGAGAGUACUAAGAACUUUCGCCAUCCAGUAGUUCACUUGGCCUGCUUCUGUCAUUGUAUACACUAUAUCAGAAAUCUUCUGGAGACGUUAUUUGUUCACAAGUUUUCCGGAGGGCAUACUCCUCUGAAAAAUAUGAUUAAGGGAUGUGCCUUUUACUGGGGAUUCACUUCUUGGAUUGCUUACUACAUCAACCAUCCACGAUACACUCCACCAACAUAUGGCAACAGACAAGUUAUGUUUGCUGCCCUCGCUUUCCUGAUAUGUGAAGCUGGAAAUCAUUUUAUCAAUGUAGCUUUAGCUCAUCAAAAUCACUCAGGAAAUAAAUCCUAUUUUCCAAGCCCAACCUACAACCCUUUCACGUGGCUGUUUGCAUUGGUUUCCUGUCCCAACUACACAUAUGAGAUUGGGUCUUGGAUUAGCUUCACAGUGAUGACACAAACACUGCCAGUUGGUGUUUUUGCUUUCCUGAUGGUCAUCCAGAUGGCUUUCUGGGCCCAGAAAAAACACAAGAUGUACCUGAAGAAAUGUAAUACCUAUACAUACAGGAAAGCAGCCAUGAUUCCAUUCAUCCUCUAAGCUCUUUAUGCAUCAGAAGCCUAUAUGCACUGUUUGAUAUCUGACUCUGAGAGUAAAUGAGCCAUUUCCUUUAGUAAAGAGUUGUAAGACAAGAAUGAUUGGGUAUUUUCUUCAGAUAAUUAACAGAUGCAAAUGGGGUGCUCUUAAUUAAGUGAAAAGAAUAUGGCUCUGAAUCCUUGCUUUGUAUCAGAAGAUAUGAUUUCAUUAGAUUUUGUGUAAUGGAGCUCAUUAGGAAGAGAAUAGAAAAUCCCUCUUGUUAAUAGUGGGCCAAAUCUUCAACUAGUUUAAUUGGGCUUAGCUCUAUUUAAAAUCAGUGGAAUAUUGCUGAUCUACUCUAGAUAAGAAUCUGGGGUUUUUAGGUUCAUUGUCAAACAUUGACCAGAUUUUUAGUGUUGCAUUGUUGAUUCACAGCUUUUAUUUUAUUAAACACUGCACAAAAGCAGUGAGAGUUGUAUAAAUCCCUCUAAAAAGUAUCAUGGAGGAGUCUGGACUUAUACAGCAUUAAUACAUUUAGAAUGGCUUUGCAUUUUUCUUUGACUGAAUCUAUUACUGACAGAAAGUUGUACAAUUCAAAUGGGUUUAAAUUGAGCACUAUAGAGAAAUCUGCCUUUUUUUUUAGGAGGCAGCCUACUAAUUCAGGAAGGGAAACGGUUUCUAUGAGAUCUCAGUUUUGUUUCUUGCUUUGCUAAUGAUUUGCCAUGGGGACUUGGAAAAGUACCUUAACUCAGAUUGUAGACAUCUAUCAUGGAGUUAGGGUGAUACCAAGUAUAUUUUUCUCUCAUGGAGUUAGGGUGAUACCAAGUAUAUUUUGAUAUAGUUUUUGAAAUGUAGAUCCUAUUCCAAGAUGAUUACUCUGUUCUUACCUUGCUGUUAUGUCUAAAAGAAAAGUACUGGUCUUAUUCAAAUAUCCGAAAAUUCUAUAUAACAUGAUUUGCAAAUUGGCUGCAUCAUUUGCACAAAUAAACAUAUUUCUUAGCAGAAA